AUUUCAUUAAUCUACUAUAUAAGGGAAUGUUCAGUUCAAGUGACUGAGAUAACCACAAGACAUACAUCACGGUUAUUCUCUAAGCUCUAGCUAGGGAUGGGGCUUAAGAGUGUUACUUGUUUGAUUCUUUCUUUGGUUUUGCUUAAUUUGGGUGUCGAAUGUGUUCUUGGAGAUGGAUCUGUGGUCGGGCCUGCGAGGUAUAGAGAUGAUGAUUGUAGGUGGGGCCGGAGGUGUGGUGGACGUGGCCGGUUUGGACGCGGUGGUGGCAGAGGGUUUGGUGGUGGGGGAGGUUUAGGCGGUGGUUCUGGACACGGUGGAGGAUUUGGAGCCGGAGGAGGAGUUGGCGGUGGUGCCGGUGGAGGAAUUGGUGGUGGAGGCGGAGCUGGAGGAGGUGGAGGCGGAGGUACUGGCGGCGGUUCUGGUCACGGCGGUGGGUUUGGAGCUGGAGGAGGUGGGGCUGGUGUAGGCGGAGGAGUUGGUGGUGGUGGUGGAGCCGGUGGAGGAGGAGGUGGUGGUGUUGGGGGAGGAUCCGGACACGGUGGAGGUUUUGGAGCCGGAGGAGGAGUUGGCGGUGGUGCCGGUGGAGGAAUUGGUGGUGGUGGCGGAGCUGGGGGUGGUGGAGGCGGAGGUAUCGGCGGUGCCGGGGGAGGCGGUGGAGGAGGUGGUGGUGGCGGAGGUGGUGUGGGUGGUGGAUCCGGUCACGGUAGUGGAUUUGGAGCUGGAGGAGGAGUAGGGGGUGGAGUAGCAGGAGCUGGAGGAGGACUUGGCGGUGGUGCCGGAGGAGGACUUGGCGGUGGUGCCAGAGGUGGAGGAGGACAUGGUCUUGGGGGAGGUCAUGGAGGAGGAGUCGGCAUUGGGAUUGGGAUAGGAAUAGGUGUUGGGGUUGGUGGAGGUUCUGGUUCCGGCAGCGGAAGCGGUAGCGGUGGUGGUGGAGGUCGCCAUUAA